GUUUUUUUAUCAGCUUAGAGCUCCUUUAGGUAGACCUCUCCGUGACCCAAUGGCAACGCCUCCAACAAACACGCCUCCAACAAUGACAACGCCUCCAACAUCGACGCCUCUAACAGAGACGAUGCCCACUCAACCACCUAACACUGGAGCACUGACGAUUUCAACAACAAUCACGAAUAAACUUGCAGAGCCCCCAACAACAAAAACGACGACUUCCACAACAAUCACGGAUAAACUUGCAGAACUAACAAAUGAAGUAAUAGGAAUCCUUGCCUUAGCAAUCACAACAACUAUCUCACUCCUUCUAAUCUACUUCAAUCGCUUCCUGCGACGGUGUCUGAAACCCUCACCUCAUGAUAGCGAGGCUCCACAAAGACCACGUCACCCUCAACCCUUUCCACCUGAUGUUGAUGCCGUCUCAAUGCAGACCUUAAACCUAUCAGAGGACACUAACACUGAUGAACAUCAAUCACCAGAGCAACCCUUCUUCACCUUUUGGACAACUUCUUCCCCAAUCAAACAACAACUCAUGUGCAUCCUCUAA